AUGACGACAUUGUAUGAUUCAAGGAGUCAACAGAUACCAAAUCACCGAAUGAGAAUGGGGACCUUUGACCAAACAGGUUCACACUUCAUAAUUAAUGAACGUGAAGAUCAAUACUCAGCAAAUUGUCCUCCUGAUGCUUAUCUUUCUAAGCCUCUCGCAGUUAACGACAUAAAUCAAACCAUAUCAUGCAAGAUGACCCAGAAUCCGGAGCUCCCGGCAAGCACUAACAGAGAAGACAUUGAUAAACUUGAUAUUAAUCAAAUAAAUCUCACGGAGACCACAAAUCGUAAUUAUAAUGCUAAUGAGGCCAUCACUGCCUAUAGCGCAAGUGAUGCGAGAGCCUGGCAUCCGUUAAGUCCCGAGCUCAUCACAUUAUUCGAAAGUUGGACAACAUUCUCCUGGGAGCUUCCAUUGGAUCGACCGGGAUUUACUGGUGCCCUCAUGUCAAUUAGAUUCACGCCAUGGAUCUCUGGUGCUCACCAAAGGGAAUGUAUCCCCUGCGACAGACCGGAAAACAUUAUUCCUCUGCAGUAUUAUAUGGUCCCAAAGAAGACUGAAGGUCCCCGGCAACAUGGUGUAGAUGGUGGAGAAAUACACAAUAACAUGAACUCGCCAGCUAGCUUCGUAGACGUUGCAUUUCAGGAACUAUACGAGGCAGUGAGAGCUUCAUAUGAUAUGCCUCCCGAGCUUCCUAGUGAUGCAAUUCUCAUGUAUGGCGUACAUCUCGCUACUAUCGCUUGA